AAUCGGGGGAAAGCUGUGGGUGCGACACAAACGGGACGUAAACAAAUCAUUCAAACCUCCAGUCGACUGUAAACUGUUUACCUUAUUUUAUUUAACAUUAUGUACGUUUAACAGUUGUUCCGAGCAUCAGUUAAUACGGACACGUGAGUUGUCCGUUUGAAAAUGAUAUACCAUAUUCCCUGGAUCUACACACCAGUGCGGACCGUCCUGGCAAUCUGGCACCAGCUGACCAAGACAGAGAUCCCAGAGCUGGCCAAGUGCUCAGUGCUGAUGAGGGAGCGCAGCAGAGUGGAGGAGACGAUCCACGCCAUGCAGCGAGCAGGUGCAGGCAGCCUGCAGGUGAUCUCAGACUUCGAUAUGACACUGACCAGGUUUGCCCACAACGGAAAGAGAGUUCCCACCACGCACAACAUCCUUGAUAACCGGUUGUUGAUUGAUGAAGAUUGCACUAAAAAGAUAAGGGAGCUGUUGAACACCUACUAUCCCAUAGAGAUCGAUGCCAGCAGGACUGCUGAAGAAAAGCGGCCCCUCAUGGUGGAGUGGUGGACUGAAGUCCACGAGCUGCUGAUUCAGCAGAGGAUCAGGAAGGACAUGUUGGCCCAGGCCGUCAAGGAAUCCAGCGCCAUGCUCAGGGACGGCUACCAAUUGUUUUUUGACCGUCUGACGGAGCAGCAGGUCCCUCUGUUGAUCUUCUCGGCUGGUGUUGGAGACGUGCUGGAGGAAGUGAUUCGACAGCACCGCGUCUUCUAUCCCAAUGUCCACAUCAUCUCCAACUACAUGGACUUCGACCAAACUGGGGUCCUGCGAGCCUUCAAAGGCCAACUGAUCCACACCUUCAACAAGAGAGACGGUGCUUUGUCGCACGCAGCUGGCCUCAGAGAACUGCAGGGUCGACCCAAUGUGCUGCUGCUGGGAGACUCUUUAGGAGACCUGACCAUGGCCGACGGCGUGCCCGAGCACCAGAACAUCCUCACCAUCGGCUUCCUCAACGACAAGGUGGAAGAGAGGAAAGAGUCGUACAUCAACUCCUUUGACAUAGUGCUGGUGCAGGACGAGACGAUGGACGUUGUGAACGCCAUCCUCGGAUGCAUUACCUCAUCGAGACACAAGUAAGAAGCGAAAGCAAGAACUUUAUGACAACAUGCACACAGAUGGACUUGUUCACUCUAUUCACCAUGUUAUAUGCUGGACAUUCACACAUCAUCACUUACCUCAACCCAGACAUUGAAGCUGGACCUUUCUUUGUUUGUUCUCACACUGCCCUCCCUCUAAUAACCAAUCAGCAACCUCUUACAUACUUCAGUAUUAACAAUUACAGGGUGUGUUUCUAAAUUUCAGUCCUCUUCAGCUCAAAAAGAAAAAAGUUUACAUUGUUGUUUCACAGAAUGAGGAUGCUUUUAAAUACCGUAUUUUAUUUAAAGACGUACCACAUUUUGUAAAUGUCUCUUUAUCUGGCAAAUUUUCUACUUUAUACAGUGGGUACGGAAAGUAUUCAGACCCUUUAAAUUUUUCACUCUUUGUUUC